GGAGUGACAUGAUACACUGCCAGUGAACGCCAAGCCGGUCUUUUGAGCACCUUCUUUUUCACGCUUGGAGAACGCCUAGACGGAGCAGGACGCGAUAGGAUGUCACCGCUGCAGAGAGUGCGGAAUUUUGGAAUCUGGUUCUUUCGACGCUUUGGAGUUCACUGUGCAACACAUCAAAUCAGGGUCAUUCUCAUCUCCUCCGUUGUCAUCUCAUGCCUUCUCUUCCCCGCGAUUUCUGUAUAUUCCUCGACGAAGGCAGAGUCCUUCUCGUUCUCCUUCCGUCUCCUUGACGCUUUCCUGACGCCGGACGACUUCUCUAAUUACUUUGCUACGGACCGGAUUCGCCACUUGUGGGAGGACCAAGACUCGUUGCGUGUUCGCGACGACUCCAUUGCGCGUGCGCGCUGUGGCAAGGGCGGGGUCGUCCGCGUCGAGCGGAUCCUCGUGCAUGAUGUGGACGAAACCGAAGACACGUACCCGGCCCUAAGCCAGCGCUCCCUGCUAUCAACCCUUAACCUUGAACGACGCCUUUCCGAGGUCCUUGCAUCUCAGAAAGUUUCAUGCAUACGCUCGCCACACGGAAGAUGUCUUGUCCUGAGCCCUCUGGCCUUCUGGGACUACGAGGAGGACCUACUUCUGCGGGACACGGACGUUAUCAAGACGCUUGGCCCAUAUAGCAAUGCGUCUACCCACGGUCUGACCAUCACCACGGAGAUGGUGUUGGCUGGACGAGAUGACGGCGAAGAUUCCCAAGACGGCGCAACCCCGGUUCUCACCUACUUCUUCCCCGAGGCCGACUGCGUUUCGAACAGCAGGCACAACUCAUGGUUGAACGUCGUAGAAGAUGCUGCUUCGUCUCUGCGAGGCGAUGUUGUUGUGCUUUCUCAGCAGCCUCAACUGCUUGCGCUCGAGUACGAUAAAGAGCCGACUCCGAUUCCACAUCCGUCCGUCCUGUCAGCGUUCACUUACACAGCCUACUUCAUCUUCCUGGUCUACUUCUGGCGUCUCUUCAAGCGCAUGACUACCGUGCAUUCGCGAGUCGGUCUCGCAUUCACGGGUAUUGUUGAAAUAAUCGUUAGUACAAUCACGAGCCUGAGUGUAUGCGCACUUGUUGGGUUUAGGAUUACUAUGGUACCAUGGGAGAUCUUCCCAAUCGUUGUCAUCUUCAUCGGAGUCGAGAACAUGUUUAGCAUCGUCGAUGCAGUCGUGAAGACGUCCAUCGCGUUACCGGUGAAAGAGCGUAUAGCCGAGGGCCUGGGCUACGCCGGCACGUCGAACUCUCUCAAGCUUUGCACCUACAACGCGGUACUCGGCGUCAUUGCGUUCUUCUCCACAGGGGCCAUUCGCCAGUUCUGCGCCUUCGCCAUUGUGGUGCUAGUUGCGCAUUGGUUCCUUGUGCACACUUUCUUCGUAACUGUCCUCUCGAUCGAUAUACAACGCCUAGAGCUGGACGAGCUGUUACGGCAGGGCUCAAAUCUUGCCACGCCACUUGUGCCGGAGUCGACCAAGGCAGCAGUCAAGCAGCCACGGUCAAAGCUAGGCCGAUUGGCUACCCAGGUGCAGCAUAUGCUGCGAGGGCGCCCGACCAAGAAUAGUAGCCUGGUGCUUCUCCUUGGUGUCACUGCAGCGCUGUACUAUUUGACGAGGUCGCAUAGAUCCAGCUUGCAGCCCAUGUCCUCCCUUCAGCGCAACCGCCUUCGUAUGGGAAAAUCACAAAAUCUAGAAGGCGUCUCUCCCGCAGAAAAUAUAUGGCGCACCUUCAACCCGGUGAACUACGACCUGGUUCACAUCCGCGUCGAAGCGCCCACGAUCGUCAUCUUGCAGCACGACUCUGCGAUAAACGAUACCACCCACGAUAAAUACCAGACACGGCCGGAGCAUGACAGAAUGCAUCGCUCGCGGUGGUCGCGACUAUGGUGGCGCACGGCGCGGCCGCUGGAGUGGGCGCUCAAGGCCAUCCUGGCGCCAACUUUCGUAACGACCACGCUGUUGUAUGGUCUACUCCUGUACUUGCUCAAGGAUGCAGAGCUCCUCGAGGCUCAACGAAACCGCAAGGAGCCAGACGCACCACCAGAAGAAGAGUCGAUGCCGGCGGUUGACAGUGGCAUCACUUUCCAAGCACUACCCCGCGCGUUCGCUACCGACGUCGACCUCGUCUCUGCCAGCAGGGAUGGCAGCGUAGUUGCCUCUAUUGGUCUGCAGAACGAGUUUGUUCUGUGGAGAAAGGAGACGAAGACGUCUGUCUCUUUAGACCCUACCGACGUACUCCUUGGCAGUGGCGGCAGCACCUCAUCAGCGUCCGCCGUUCUCACGGCCCUUGCGGUCAACGACAGAGGGACAUACGUCGCGGCCGGCACGGUGGCGGGAGUGAUCGGUGUUUGGCGCAUCUGUCAGAACCGCGUCCAACCCCUGCCGCACCUCAGCACGGAGAGCGCCCACGCAGUGACCCAGAUUGCAUUCGCCUCGAGUUCCCCGCACACAACCGGCGUAUCGACGCCCCGAAAGGCAAGCGGCGGUCGCAGCACGAUCCCACCAACGCCAGAAGAAUCGGUAGGCAGUGUAUAUGCGACGUACGACAAUGGGCUUGCCAUCAAGUGGACUGUAGGCUCCUUUGCUGUCCCGACUUAUAUCCGGCCGUCACGUUCGGCAUCGGUGGUCAAGUCGAUGCUCUUGCAGGUGCAACCCACCGGAACGCUGCUUGUUGGCUUUGCCCUGGAAGAUGGAACACUCGAGCUUUGCGACAUCGAUGGUACGAGCGGCCUGCUUCCACGGGAGUGCUGCAUCCCCGCUGGAAACCCCGCAGACUUGGUGUCGCAGGUGCAUGUAUGCUGCAUGGAGCUUGAAGGACAGGCGCGGAUCAUCAUCGGUGCUGCCACCCAGGCCGGCGUCGUGUCGCUCUGGGACGGUGCCACGGGCGAAUGCAUGUACACCAUCGACGAGCCGUACGGCUCUAUCAGCCAGCUGCGUGUCGUGCCUGUGACAACGAAGCGUUGCUUGUCGUGCAGGGAGCUGCCAGUUGAGAGCUUCGCGCUGUGUUUCUCUGUCGGCCAGGUUGUCCUCUUCCACCGAGCCUACCUCUCGCUGCCCACUCGACGCUGCUCGUGUCCCGAGAACCAACCCAUAGUGAUGUCAAGUAUGCAAGCAAGGAAGACUCGCAGUGGGAGCUCCGCCUCGUUUGGGCCGUCCUCUGGCACAUCUUCGCCCGCCCAUCCACGCGCCCGAAUACCGUCGUUCUCGUCGGGACCAUCCGUCUUCGACUCAUCGACAAUGUAUCCUGUCUCCGCACACGGCGUGCACUCAAGGCGAACGUCGGAGAGGCGAUCCCUCGAAUCGCUCAUCCCGUUCGAGGCGGAUGAGCAGGGCGAUGGGCGUGCAGCACCUGUUGGGCCGCAAGAUGCUGCUUCUGCGGGGACGACGUCAGCCUGCUUGAGGACGCCGGGGCAGCAGCGUUCGUCCCUCUGGGAGAACCUGAUCGUCUCGCGCACGGCGGAGGCGACGUUUGAGCGGGGGGCGUGGGGCGUCUCGGGUGGACAGAUUGUCGGGAUCCGAAGAAGAUCGAGGAUACUAAUGGUGGGUGGAGGCAGUGUCAGUCGAGGGAGCAGCAGCAAGAGCACUAUCGGGAUUCAACCCAGGGCAGAUAACAAGGGGCUUACGCCGGCGACGCUAGAGAGGUGGGAGCUAUGGACGUUUGAACCAGCAACCUCUCAGCUCAAGGCGUCACCACUCAUCGCUCUGGAUGCCGAGAUGCGGACAGCCGAUCACGGCAAGCCUCAUACGACUCGUAGUGCACAAGAAGCAAAAUCCGAUGCAUCUCGUCCGACUGCAGCUGCACCCUCGAACACGGUCAUCAGCGGAAAACGACGAAUCAACGUCGACCUCGUCCCGCGACUCCACUUCACGCGCGUAGCGCCCUUCGUGUGCGCGCGGACGCUCUGCCUCGCGGGCUUCGGCAACACAGUCGGCACCUUUGACCUCAGCAGCGCAUCUAGCUCAAACGCGCGCCAGCGGUCGUCCCUCGAGCGCACGCGCAAGAAUUCGGGCAGUUAGGCUAUUUUGAUGGAGUGCGUAACCUGCCUUUCGCGGCGGAGUGGUGCGUUCCUGGGCCUGGGGCUUUGCCGCUUCGCUCGUGUGGUGCCACUAUGCGUCCUCGCGAUUUUUUGCCUCCGGCGCACUCGGUCCUGUCUAUCUGGUUCCACCAGCCCUCCAGAUAAUGUAGAUCAAGCUCAAUUCUCCACAACAGUUGCAUUAGUUAUGAUAAUAUCUUCACGUGUAAGGUGCAUUCAUGACGUUGUAAGGUUUCGCUCGCGGUACCUGUGGCUCUUGGCUUCCUUUCUUCGUUUUGAUCGGUGUGUUUUGUGGGUAUCCCCUCAUGCAAGUGAUAUACUGUACAGCAGCUCGUUAUGCCAUAUAAACAACGUAGUUACUAGUUUGCCUCCCGGAUAUGUUGUUGCUGGAUUCAAUGGAGAUUCUACAU